CUGCAAACAGGACCUCUCUGAUUCCGCAAUGCAUCUUGGCGCUUUGCUCUCACCUCUGCUUGUGGUGGCAGCGUCGACUGUCGCCGCCUUCGCCCCGCCGCCCUCCCUGACCACCCCACUCCACCGCACCUCCCCCCUCCCCCUGUCGUCCCUGUCUGCCAAGGCCAAGGACAUCAAGAUCUACAAGCGGAAGCGCAACCUCAAGUACGCGUCGCAGCACAUGUUCACACCCGACGGCGAUCUGGUGCGGGUGGUGCGCAAGGAGCGGCGGCGACUCAAGAACCUCGACGCAGAGAGCGUGGCGAUGAUCGGCAUGUUCCGCACGCUCGACGAGGACCAGCUGGAGGAGAUGCGACAGGCCGACUACAGGGCCAAGGAGGGCAUUCUACAAAUUAGGUGAGUCAGGGAGGCGCGGGGAUUCACACACAGCCAGCACACACUGCAUCCACACGUGUGUGUGUGUGGUUGUGUUGAUUGUGUGUGCGCGUGGCGUCAGGGUUGAGGGCGAGGAGGGCGACGAGGACUGAGUUCACGACGUGAUCGAAGGCUGCUCUGGCGAAUGAAGCAAAACGAUGACAGGACAGUGUGCAUAGCCCGUUUUUGGGCGAACGGAGGGAUAGUCAGUUUGCGAUGAGGUCACUCACUCACUGUUGUCUGACAUGACUUGGGGGUCGCAAUGCGACCAGACUUUGAAUGAAUGAUGACUUACUUCAUUCGAUGCAAACCACUCACUCUCAAACGCGAUGCACUCACA